AGUAUUGCUGCGGCUGCGUCUCAAGGAUAAACUUACUUGCGAUAAAUAACGUUAAGUUUAGGCUGUACGUACGUUGACGACAAACGGUGGGGAGACUCUAUAAAGCCAGAAUUGCGAAUGAUCCUCUUCUCAGUCGCGGAUGUUCCCCGAUGGAGUGGAGUGUUCAGAAAAUUACGUGCUUUCUAUUGAUCUUUGCUAUCCUGGGAUGUUUCUUAGUUGGAGCUAAAAGAGACUUUGACUAUACUGAUUUUGAUCUCAAAUUGAAUGCUCUUUUUAAAGUUAUCAAAUACAUACAUAAACGACCGCAACAGAUGACGAUUGGUACUAUUUAUGCGAUUACUUUAACAGAAGUCUUUUUAGUAAAAACAUUAUUGCACGAAAAUACUUUUUAUCUUGACAAAACGUAUCUCCAUGAUUUGAGAAAAUUAUUGGAAUUUUCUUACACAACGCGGAAAAUUUUAACAAAUGCAAUUAUUCCGAUAAAUGAAGAGAUGAAAAUGUUAAAAAAAGUAUUGAACGAUCCAAAAUUUUGGAUGCGAGAAAUAUCUUGGAAAAAUCAAACUUUGGGUGCGGCACUACCGCUUCCAUCUCAAGGAUUAUCGUAUGCGAAUAGCGAAGAUUUAAUGAUGAAAGGAAGACCGAAGGAGUACGAAAGUGAUUAUUGUCUUGUCGGAAUUGUUAAACAAAAAUUUAACGAAUGUUCGAUACCUUACAAAUGCAUACAAAUGAUAAUGAAUGAAGAUAAUCCAAAAGGAUAUCCUCUUACGCAUAGAUUACUUAUUAUACAAACAUUAAGAGCAAUGGGAUGUAAGGAAAAUCGAAUGAUACCAUUUUUGAAAUUGUUACCUACUUAUUGUUCUCGUAUUCUUCAAGAUAUGAUAGACAUUGAAGCGAUCGGAUUUCCUUAUAAUGCACGAGAUCUGUUAAUGGAACAAGUUGUUUUAUGUGGGUCAGAAGGAUAUUUGGAAUUCAUGGAUAAACAUUAUGAGGAUUUAAUUUUAAGCUGGUCUCAUCCUAGUGGUUGUUACAGCGCAUUUGGGUAUGCGAGUAUAUAUACAUGUGUUUUUAUGGAGAGUUUAUACCGAAAAGUAAUAUGAAUACCGAUUUUGGAUGUGAUAGCCACGCCACAGGUCUUGGAGCUGCAAGUUUAGCAUUAUUUAUUCGCAAAGAUAUAGAAACUGCAUUCCAAUAAAUAUAGAUUAAAUUUUUAUUUUUACGUACGUAUAUACAUAAAUACAAACAUAUAUAGUAAAUGAGAAACAACGAAUGAUUCAAUAAAAAUAUCAUGGAAAUA